UUAAUUCGCUAUUUGAUUUUGUUGUUUUUGUUUCCUUUUGUUGUGUGCCCUUUACACCUUCCUUCUAUACCUGGAAUAAUGUUGAGUUGUCAGUGCAAAUAAGCCAACACCAGAUACCAGACGCGUUCUCGGUCUGCUAUUGACUCGAACCACCUGUUCGCAUCUGUUUCCGCUCACCCAUACACCCCCCAUCAAGCCAUACACCAAACCAACCCACCGAAAAUGUUGCUAAAUAAAUUGCCACAACACAUAAAUAUAUGGAACGUUUGCAUGCAGGCUGCUCUAAUAGCCACACUGACCAUCACGGGAUCGAAAUCUCAGACAGCUACCGGAGAUUAUUUAGUUGGACGCAAGCAGACUUCCUACAAUCCCAGCGAGCUGAGCGAAUCCCAAUUCUUGGAGUACAGCAAUCUAUCCGAUAAACAACAUCUGCGUGAAGCCAUACGGAAUAUACUCAUACCCCGAGUUGUCGGCACUGGGAAUCAUAGUAUUGUGCGUCAAUACAUUGUCCAGUCUCUCAGGGAUCUUGAUUGGAAGGUAGAACUGAAUAGUUUUCAUGAUACAGCACCGAUAGUGGGUGCCUUGCAUUUCCAUAAUAUUAUAGCCACAUUGAAUCCGAAAGCGGAAUCAUAUCUGGUAUUGGCCUGUCAUUAUGAUAGCAAGUAUAUGCCGGAUGUGGAAUUUUUGGGUGCCACCGAUUCAGCAGUGCCUUGUGCCAUGUUAUUAAAUUUGGCCCAUGUGUUGGAGAAGCAUUUGGGAUCAUUAAAGACGGCGAAACGUAGUCUUAUGCUCCUCUUUUUCGAUGGGGAGGAGGCCUUCGAUGAGUGGGGCCCCAAAGAUUCGAUAUAUGGGGCACGGCAUUUGGCUCAGCGUUGGGAGAAGGAAGGCAAAUUGGAUAGCAUUGAUAUGUUGGUAUUGCUUGAUCUCUUGGGUGCACCAGAUCCGGCAUUUUAUAGCUUUUUUGCCAAUACGGAAUCCUGGUAUAUGCGCUUGCUUGCCCUCGAGUCACGUCUGUCCCAACGAGGAUUGUUGGAACAAUAUACAUCCAGUGGCGUGGCACCACGUGAUCCUACGCGUUAUUUUCAAGCACAGGCCAUGCGCUCUUCCUACAUUGAGGAUGAUCAUAUACCAUUUCUUAAACGAAAUGUACCCAUACUACAUUUAAUACCCGUACCCUUUCCAACAGUCUGGCAUACGCCGGAUGAUAACGAAAGCGUGAUUGAUUAUUCCACCACGGACAAUUUGGCGCUGAUUAUACGACUCUUUACCCUCGAGUAUUUGUUGGAAAAAUCGUAGUAGCUGAGAAUCGGAAAAUCCCCGUUAAAAUACAAAACAAAAACAAAAUAUCAAUUGGAACACGGCACACUAAACGCAAAACCCGAAGGGCCUUAUCACACUAUUGACCUGCUUUAUCUAAAAUCUAUAACCUAUUGCCUACUAUUGCCCAUUGUGGAUUCUAUGUCCCCGAGUGUGGAUCUUAUCUUGUUGACUGUACUUAUUGUGAGACGAUAUUUUUAUAUAAAGAAAACUAUUUAAAACAAAACAAAAAAAGAAAUGCAUACGUAUUAAAAUAUUGUUAAAUGUAUAUGCAUGUGUAUAUUAUAAAUGUACAUUUUCGUCUGUAUAAAAUAAAUUUACCUUAACUUUACUUUUAUUUAAA